AUGGCUGCAACACCAGGCCGGAAGACUCCAGGCCAGGGAGGCAUCCGUGUCGUGGCGCGGUUCCGCCCGGUCAAUGCCGACGAGACCGCCCACGACGGGGCGGUGUGCGUCGACUUCCCCUCCGACUCGUCGGCCGAGCUGGCCAUCGGCAAGCGGACUCAAAGCUUCUCCUUUGCACGCGUCUUCCCGCCGCACACCUCGCAGGCUGGCGUGUAUGACUCUGUGGGUGCACCGCUGCUGGAUCCGCUUUUCUCCGGCGUCAACGUCGCCGUCGUCGCCUACGGCCAGACCGGCGCAGGCAAGACCCACACCAUGUGGGGCGCGCCUGCCGCUCCUGACGCCGCCGGCAUCAUUCCGCGCCUCCUGGCGGAGGUCUUUGACCGCUCUGCCGCCGACGCCCUGCCGGAUGGGACCACCGCCACGCUCUCGGCCUCGUACAUUGAGAUUUACCGCGAGGUCGUCCACGAUCUGCUCGCUCCGCGCGAAUCGGCUCCAAAGGCCGGCCUGCGCCUUGUUACCGGCACCACCGGCGUGGUCGUGCCGGAUGGCGCAACAAGCCGCAGCGUGGCUGCCAUUGACGAUAUUAUGAGCCUCAUGGAUGAGGGCAACUCUCGUCGCUCUGUUGCCGCCCACAAGCAGAACGCCCAGUCCUCGCGCUCGCACGCGGUCUUCAUCCUCAAUCUCACGCUGCACAACGCCCACGAUGCGAGCACAACAUCUUCGGGCCUGUAUCUGGUCGAUCUCGCCGGCUCGGAAAAGGUCUCCAAGACCGAGGUCGCCGGCCUGCAGCUGCAAGAGGCCAAGACCAUCAACAAGUCGCUCCUCGCCCUCGGCAACGUCAUUGCUGCCCUCUCCUCUUCGGCUCGGAAGGGCGGCAAAGGCGGCAAGCGUCACGUCCCCUAUCGUGAUUCCAAGCUCACUCGCCUUCUCUCCGCUUGCUUUGGCGGUAACUCGCUCACUACGCUCAUCAUCUGCUGUUCGUCCGCAGCGUACAACGCCACAGAGACUCUCUCCACCCUCCGCUUUGGCGACCGCUCCGCCAAGAUCCGCAACACCCCGACCGCCAACAAGGUAGUCUCUGCCAAGGAGCUCACCUCGCGCCUGCAUGAGCAGCAGGCAACCAUCGCAGCCCAGGCGGCCGAGAUCGAGCAGCUCAAGGCUGCGCUCCUCGCCAUGCAGCGCGGCGAGGCCGGAGCAGCCCUCGCCGACAUGGCCUCGCCUGUCCCGGCCCACAUGCUCACCGCCAAGGCUGGCUCGCGCUUCUCUAUUGCCUCCUCGCACCUCUCAGACUCGUCGUCAGAGGCCGAUCCCGGCGUCACCGCCAGCCCCGAGGCCGAUCCCGCGAGCAAGCCCGACACAGGAGGUGAGGACGAUGCGGAGCUGGCCGAAGUCAUUGCCCCACCGCACGCACUCUGCACCCUCGCCUUUAACGCCAUGCUCGACAAUGAGCUCUCAGCACGUCUCGGCGAGUCGUUUGUGGUCAUUCCACCUGCAGCACUCGCGGCCGACAGCCUCGUUGACCUCAUGGACGUUGACGGCGAAAUGGUGGCCUGCGAGAGGCUCGACGGGAGCCAGCGAGGGCUCGUCCCGCGCGCGCACCUCAUCUGUUCCGCGGGCGGCCAGCCCCAGUUUGCGAUUGUCCUCUUCCACUUUGAUGCUGAGCUCGCCACCGAGCUCACAGUUCCUUUUGCCGGUGUGGUCCAAGUCCUCGCCGAAAACCUUGACGAGGCGCCUGGAUGGCUUUUGUGCAAGCUCCCGGCCACCGCCACCAUCGGCCUUGUGCCUGCAGACUACCUGCGACUCCUCGGCCCAAACGAGGAUCCGGACCUCGUCGCCGCUCAGCUCGACCCAGACUAUGCUGCCAUCGAGGAUCAGCGCGUGGCCGACCGGGCCGCUGCGUACGAUGCCCUCAGCAAGGGCGACUACGUCCGGGUCACCGCUCCUUUCAACUCACAGUUUGACACCGAGCUCGCGGCUUCGCCGGGAGACAUCCUCAAGGUCGCAGGCAAGCAGCCACCAGAGUGGCUUUUCUGCAAGGUCGAGGCUCUCGCCGUGCCCGAUAGCUCGCGGGCCAAGGCGCGUGGCCUCAUCCCAUUCGGAUACUGUCUGCCCAGUCCGGAUUACCGCCCGCCGCCGGCCCGGACCUCGUCGGCCAGGGCGGCCGGCAGCGGCACCAUGCCGUCGCUCCCGCCGCGGUCGUCGUCGCUCCAGUCAAAAGAAGGAGACGACGGCGCCGCGUUGCCGCCGCUGCUGUAG